AUGGGGUCCUGUUUCAGUUCAGAGUCCACCGGGGACGCCGAUCAGAAGAAGCGAAGCCAAAUGAUCGAUCGCAGAUUAGAAGAAGACUCUCGACGACUACGACGGGAGUGCAAGAUUCUUCUCUUGGGAUCCGGAGAAAGUGGCAAGUCGACGAUCGUGAAGCAGAUGAAGAUUAUCCACCAAAAUGGUUACACCGUGGAAGAGCUCGCGCUCUAUCGAUUGACCGUCUACAAAAAUCUCCUGGACUGUGCGAAAGCUCUGAUCGGAGCAUAUCAUUACCUCCAACUCGAACCCUCCAGCCCAAAGGUCAAGGAGUACAUCUCAUUCCUCGAGGACUACAACGUGGAUCCUGACCCCAAUACCACCCUCGAUGCGAAGAUUGGCGAAGCGAUCACAUACCUGUGGAACGACCCGUGCACGUCAACCGUUCUCGAGCACCAGAACGAGUUCUACCUCAUGGACUCCGCACCAUAUUUCUUCGACGAAGCGAAACGAAUAACGGCCCCCGACUAUAUCCCGGACGUCUCGGAUGUGCUCCGCGCAAGAACGAAGACCACCGGUAUCUACGAGACACGAUUUACAAUGGGGCAGCUAAGCAUACACAUGUUCGACGUAGGUGGCCAGCGCAGUGAACGCAAGAAGUGGAUCCACUGCUUCGAGAAUGUGACAUCCAUCAUCUUCUGCGUCGCGCUCAGCGAAUACGAUCAAGUCUUGCUAGAAGAGAGCAAUCAGAAUCGAAUGAUGGAAAGUUUGGUGCUGUUUGACUCCGUGGUCAAUUCUCGAUGGUUCAUGCGGACAAGUAUCAUCCUCUUCUUGAACAAAGUUGAUUUGUUCCGCUUGAAACUGCCUCGAUCCCCGUUGAGCACCUACUUCCCCGAUUACUCCGGCGGCAACGACGUGAACCGCGCCGCCAAAUAUCUGCUCUGGCGAUUCAACCAAGUCAACCGCGCACACCUGAACCUAUACCCCCACCUCACACAAGCGACAGACACCACGAAUAUCCGCCUUGUCUUUGCAGCAGUCAAAGAGACGAUCCUGCAAAACGCCCUCAAAGAUUCGGGUAUCCUAUAA